GUAUAGUACACAAACAUGUCGGGGCAAGUCGCCAUGAAACAUUUCCUUCUCCUUCUCCUCUUGGUCAGUUCUGUGGCUAAACCUACCACCAAGGAAGUCUCUUCUAAGGCAUGGCUCAUAGAAAACAGCGUGGAGUACAGUCAGAUCAUAUUCAACCCGGCGAAGAACAACUUCUUAGCCCUUGGCAGCAACCCCCAUGUCUUCGACGUGAUAGACAUGUCCUCCGGUAAGCCUUCGAACUCGCUGCGGUUCGCACUGCCCCUCCCCGGGCAGAUGCUAGCCGUGGAGCCCGAUGGAGCUCUCGUGGCGGUCGCGCACAACUCUUACGUCAGUUUCAUCGUCCUGGGAGCCACCGUGCCCUACAUGAACACGUACACGGUGCCGGUCGUCGAAACGUCCGGCAUGGUGGUGGUGAACAGGACGGUCUGUAUCUGGCCGGGCUAUGGACAGUGGACAAACGUCGUUUGUGUUUCUCAUGGCGGCACGUACGAAAGGUGCCCUUACCAGAUCUACGGCGGUGCCCUUGCGUUCCUCCACCCCAACAGGAAGUGGGUGUACUCCCCUAACACUGGAGUGUCUCCGCAGUCUGUCAACAAGUUCAUGGUCAACUCCACCUGUGUGUAUCGGCUAUGGGAAAACCCAAACUUUGGAGAGUACUACUACGGACGGCACUGGUGGUUUUCCUAUGAAGGUAGUCGGGCUUUCCUCGACAAUGGCUUGACUCUCACUGCGUCGGACGACCAAAACACAGACAUGGAAGUCCACGGCUACUUCAAUGCAAGCACUGGGAAUAACCCUCACAUCUGGGUGAGCCAGUCCCCCGGAGACCAGUACUACAUCGCUGGUCUGAAACCUGAUACCUCUGACGUCAUACUGUACACCUGGCCGUACCUCAUGCCUACCCGAACACUCCCCUUCCCUGUACCUGAUGACCCCAAGGCCACCAACCCACAACCCCUGCAGGUCCAUUACGCUGAUGAUGGCAGGCUGUACACUGUGGGGAAGUAUGGGCAGGGUGGGGAGAUAUGGGGCCUUGGGUAUAUCGAGUUUAACUGAGAUAACUGAGAACCCUUAGCAUACUAUGGGUGCCCAUUUUCACUAGAUGACACUAACAGUAAGUACAUGGAAAGAAAGAAACAAAUUCUGGGCUACAUGGUUUUAGUAUGCAUUUUAUGGACCGCAUAUUGUAUUUUGUAACAUGGAAAUAAUAAUAAACAUUUCAAGGAAAAGAAGUAAUGUUAACAAGACAAUGAUGGAUACAAAAGGCAUUUUGAAGUUAUUGCAGUACAUGUCUUAUUCUGAUUUUGUUACUCAUCAUGCGAUACACAUAGAGAAACUGAAAUUAAUUCGGAAAAUAACUCUUAACUAUCAAGGCCCUCCGCAAAAUAUGUUUAUGGUUUCUUGUCAUACCAAACAAAUUAUAUCUUUCAAUACAGACAUGAUCUACAAACCUUUAAUUCUGUAUAUGUCUGGCUAUUAUUUUUCAACCACACUGACACUACAGUGAUUCCUGUAGAAACUCUGUUGAAGAAGAAGUUCAAGUUUCAUUCAGUCAGUUUCAUUACAUACCCCAAAACCAUAUGGUAACAAUAUAAUACUAGGACUCGAAAUACAUUUUGGGUCAAUAUGAAAAAAAAAAUGCA